AUGACAGUGAAAACAGGGAUUCUUCUUAUGAACUUAGGCGGUCCUACAACGCUUGCUGAAGUGGAGCCGUUUCUAGUCCGAAUGUUCUCUGAUAAAUCCUUCAUUCCUAUUCCUUUUAACCUUGGUCCGAAAAUCGCAAGAAUCCGUGCACGAACUUCUGUCCAAAAGCAAUACUCAGCUAUAGGCUUUUCUCCUUUAUCCAAGUGGACAAAUAUUCAAGGUCAACAGUUGGUCUCAAUUUUAGACAAAACUUUGCCUGAAUCAGCUCCUCAUAAAUUUUACAAAUGCUUCCGCUAUAGCUCUCCUCUUACAGAUGAAGCUAUUUCAGAACUGAAAAAUGAUAAAGUAAAGCAGGUCAUAGCAUUCACCCAGUACCCUCAUUAUAGCUGCGCUACUACUGGAAAUGCUUUACGUGAAGUUUUAAAUCACGUUUCGCCCGAUAUGGAAUUGUCAACAAUUUCUAGAUGGGGAGAUCAUCCAGCAUUUAUCAACUUCUGGGUCGAGACAAUCAAAAGCCACUUACUCCUCCCCUCCGUGAGUGAACAAAAAAAUCUUGUUCGCUCACGGAGGGGCUAAUUUUUUUUCGAAAUUUUAAAUAAAUCCUAAUUCGCAAAACUUGGAAAGCAAAUAUUAAUUUAAUUUAUAAAAUUUAUGUUUUAAAACGCAAAUUUUUUUAAAAAUUAAAUAGAAUUAGCUAUAGAUUUCAUUAUAAUAAUUAUCACUUAUAUAUCAAAUUUUUUUCAUAAAAAAGUUUUUGUUCGCUUACUGAGGGGGAUUUUGGGCAAAAAAUAGGGAUUUUUCUAAUGGUUUUGUUCACUCACGAACGGGGGAGUUAGCAAGCUUUGCAAACCCUGAAAAGGUGGUUUUGGCUUUCACAGCUCAUUCAAUUCCUGCAAAGGUUGCGUGGAGUGGAGAUCGAUAUCCUAUUGAAAUUUCGACCUCAGUCAAUCUAAUUUCCAGCUAUUUCGGAAACGAAAGCCACUUAUUCUGGCAAAGCAAAGUAGGGUUUCAGCAAUGGCUUGAGCCAAAUACUCACAAAGCGUUGCUAUCACUUGGAGAACAAGGGAAAAAAGAUGUGCUGAUUAUUCCAAUUGCAUUUACUCAAGAUCAUUUAGAAACUUUAUAUGAGCUUGAUAAACUAUACAUAGAAGAAUGCAAUGGAAAAGGAAUGAAUGUUAAGCGCACACCUGGGCCAAAUGACAAUCCGCUAUUUAUUAGUGCACUGGCAACUAUAGUAAAAGAGCAUAUUUUACAUAAAAAACAUAGUAAAAUACCGAGAUGCGCACAUUGCAAGCACCCAGAAGUAUGUAAGAGCUUGGAUAGAUUUAAUUAA